CUAGCAGGCUCAUCAUCUCGACCUCCAAAGUCCAUCGGCAGCUGGGUGCGCAGGGCUGCGAGGGCAGAGAUCAGGCGUGACUGGGCAGACAUUGUGCUCAUCUUUUGCUACAUCAUCACAGGCCUGCUGGACAGCGCCUCCAUCUCAAUAUGGGGUUCUUUUGUGUCAAUGCAGACAGGCAAUACUGUCUACAUCGGCCUGGGCCUCGCUGCCCCCACCCAGAGCACGCGCUGGAUCAAGUCCGGCACCUCCCUCCUAAGCUUCUGCAUAGGCUCCUUUACCUUCAGCCGCCUGCACCGCUACUUCUCUCCCAAGCGCCGCGCCACCCUCGUCGCCUCCUUCGGCGCCCAGGCCCUGCUGUGUAUCGCCGCCGCCACCACCGUCACCUUCGGCCCAGGAGGGUACGGGCCCGACGACAUCAGAUGGGACGUCCUGCUGCCCAUUGCCCUCGUCGCUUUUCAGGCCUGCGGCCAGGCCGUCACCAGCCGUGCUCUCAAGUACAACGCACUGACCAGCGUGGUGCUCACGAGUAUCUACUGCGACCUGUUUAGCGAUGUUGACCUGUUUCGGCUGGCCAAUGUCGAGAGGAACCGUCGGGUGGGCGCUCCGCUUAUGCUGCUCGUUGGGGCCCUUGUGGGAGGCCUAUUUGCGCAUAGCGACUUGGGCAUCGCUGGGGCGCUGUGGACUGCGUCGGUCUUGAAGCUUCUGGUUGUUGUUGUGUGGGUCUUCUGGCCUGGAGAA